UAAAUUAAAUAAAAACUCUCUGCAUAUUUUUUUUUACCAAAUAGAAAUUUCAUCAAGUGAUACUUUUGAUUCAUAUUUUUUCAUAUCAUCAUAUUCAUAAAGUAUCUUGAGCACUUAAGAGAGUAUAUUAUUCUUGAGUUUCAUAUUUGAAAGAGAAGAAGUCCUUCAUAGGAUUUAUAUACUACAUAUUUAUUUAUUCAAAAAAAUUCUUCUUUGUAUCACAUCUUAUAUUUCCAGGAUUGUUGGAAUUAAGAUUGUGUGAAGUGUAUUCAUUGUUUUCAGGAUUGUUGGAAACAAGAAGUUGAAAGUGAGAGGAUUGUUCUCAUUUCAACUUGAUAAAUCCAAGAAGAUUGUUCUUGGUGGUUUGGGUGUUAGAAGAUUGUAGGAUAAGUCUUGGGAUUAGGCUUGUACAAAUAUCUAACAAUAGUGAAAUCUCUUUCGUGUUGAAAGGGGACUGGAGUACUCUCGGAUUGUGAGGGGAACCAGUAUACAUCAUUGUGUUCUUUACUUUUCCGCAUUUUACCGCUUUCAUCACUAUUACCAAGAAAAGAAAAGAACCAUUCCAAAAUCUUCAAACACUUAACCAAAAAUAAGUACAAGUAUUCUAAAACCGGAUAAAUCUUCAAAGUCCUAAUUCACCCCCCCCCCCCCCCUUUUAGGCGCACUCUUAAAUUAACAAUUGGCAUCAGAGCAGGUUAUAGGUAACCUGUUCCUAAAGAUCCAGAAUUGCUUCCGCAAAUCAAAAUCCAGUUUUUAGAGAUGGUGGUAGUAACAACAAGCCUCCAUUAUUUUGUGGUGAAUACUUUGACUUUUGGAAAAUCCGAAUGAAGGCCCACUUAGAAACACAAGGAGAAGAAGUAUGGGAAGCAGUCCAAAAUGGUCCCUUUGUUCCUACAACUGUUGUCGAUGGUGUUGAAUCAACAAAGCUUAAAAUUUCAUGGAAUGAUGAUGAUAGAAAGAAGGUUCUUGCUGACAAAAAGGCUAUCAAUCUUCUUCAAGGUGCUCUUAGUAUGGAUGAAUUUUUCCGAGUAUCGGCAUGUACAACAGCAAAGGAAAUAUGGGAUACUCUUGUAGAAACUCAUGAAGGUACCACCGAAGUUAAAAGAUCAAGAUUGAAUACCUUAAGUCAAGAAUACAAACUGUUUAGAAUGAAGCCCAGAGAAACUAUUCUCGAAUUGCAAAAAUGAUUCGUUCAUUUGACAAAUCACUUGAAGGCACUUGGUAAGACCCUUACUACCGAAGAACUAAAUCUAAAGGUGCUUAGAUCUUUAACAAGAGAGUGGCAACCGAAAGUAACGGCGAUAUCCGAGAAAAAGAAUCUAUCAAAGAUGACUUCUGCAACCUUGUUCGGUAAACUUCAAGAAUAUGAAACAGAACUCGGAAGACUUGAAACACAUGAAAUUCAAAUAAAAGAUUCAAAAGAUAUUGCCUUGAAGACAAGAGUCAAGCAUCAUGAUAGCAAUCAAGAGGAUGAAUCCACUAGUGAAGAAGAUAAUGAGUUUAUCAAAAAGUUCGAAAAAUUUCUAAGAAAAGAAAGGAAAAAGGAGAUCAUUAAAGAUGAAGCACCAACAAGGAAGAUUAAAUGCUUUGAAUGUGGAGAAAGAGGACAUGUCAAAAGUGAAUGCCCUAAACUUGAAAAGAAGAACAAAUACUUCAAGAAAAAUAAGGAUAAAAAAUCAAAGAAAGCAUAUGUAGCAUGGGAUGACAAUGAAAUAAGUUCAUCUUCAGAUGAAGAACAUGUGAAUCUUGCAUUGGUAGCAACACACCAUUCUGAUGAUGAAGACAAUGAGGUUAGUAAUGCAUUUUCUCUUUUUGAUAAUGAUGUUCAAGGUUCUAUAAAUGAAUUAUUGAAUGAAUGCAAAAUCUUGUAUAAAACCGUAUCAACUCAAAAGAAACAAAUCAAAACUCUUGAAGAGAAAAUGGAUACCAUGCAGAAAGAUUUUGAUGUUGAAAAGAAACAAUAUGUUGAUAAAAUAGAACAAAAAUAUACAUGUAAUAAAUGUGAAUUACUUUCUUUUCAAAUUGUUCAAUUAAAGAGAGUACUUGAAAGGUAUGAAAAAGGACAAAUUAGGUUGGAAGGUGUCCUUAGGCAACAAAGAUUCCCUAAUGAUAAAAGUGGUCUUGGAUAUGCAAAGUCUAACAAACCAAGUACUAGUAAAACUAUUUUUGUGAAGGCAAGUGAACAAUUCAACAAAUUGGAUAAAGCACAAAAGGUUCAUCAUCAUCCUAAAAGGUUUCCUAAAAAGAAACCAUAUGUUCCUAGAUAUAAAAGUAAUUUUGUUUCUACUUGUUUUUAUUGUGGUAUUGUUGGUCAUACACCUAAUGCUUGCUAUGUAAGAAAUUUCAGUGUGGCAAGUGGUCAUUAUGUGUGGGUUAAGAAAGGAACUAACUAUGAUGGACCAAAGCACAUUGGGUACCAAAUCAAACUUAAUUUGUUUUGUAGGAUUGCUUGAGGACCACUUAAAAUCUAUGGUGUUUUUAUGACAAGUGGUGGUUCUAAGCAUUUGAUGGAAGAUUUAAACUAACUUUCAAAUCUAGUUAUAAAGUCCAAGGGUGAUUUCACAUAUGGAGAAUACCUUAAAGGAAGAAUUCUUGGCAUUGACAAAGUUGGAGCACUAAUUUUCAUAUCAAUUGAAGAUGUACUUUAUGUUGAAAGACUAAAGCAAAAUCUUCUAAGCAAAAGUCAACUUUGUGACAAAAAGCUUCAAAAUAAUAUUCACCAAAGAUGAAUAUUUGAUGAAGUCACUCAUGAGGUAAAACUCAUAGGUAAAGAAUUAAUUGUGUUCAUAUUUUAUUUUCAAUAAUUUAUCUUUUUCCCAUCCUUUUUGAUAAUGACAAAGGGGGAGAAGAUAUUUGUGUGUAUGUGUAUGCUUGUCUCUAACUUUUGCAGCCACAAAGAACCAAAUUCUCUAUCAAUCAAGGGAGGUCUUUGAUAAAGGGGGAGUUAUCAAAGUUAGGGGGAGCAUUCACAUAAGAACUUCUCAUUUAUUCUAAGAGAUUCAAGCAUUUCAACUUUCAAUGGUUGUCAUCAUCAAAAAGGGGGAGAUUGUGAAGUCAAGCUUCUCCAAUAGUGUGUUUUGAUGAAGACAACUUUAAAUCUCUCAAGAUCAUGUACAUAUAUCAAAGAAGAAGAGAAAAGAUGCAUGACUUUAUUUGAUCAAAAUUUCAAGGAUUGUUGGAAACAAGAAGUUGAAAGUGUGAGGAUUGUUCUCAUUUCAACUUGAUAAAUCCAAGAAGAUUGUUCUUGGUGGUUUGGGUGUUAGAAGAUUGUAGGAUAAGUCUUGGGAUUAGGCUUGUACAAAUAUCUAACAAUAGUGAAAUCUCUUUCGUGUUGAAAGGGGACUGGAGUACUCUCGGAUUGUGAGGGGAACCAGUAUACAUCAUUGUGUUCUUUACUUUUCCGCAUUUUACCGCUUUCAUCACUAUUACCAAGAAAAGAAAAGAACCAUUCCAAAAUCUUCAAACACUUAACCAAAAAUAAGUACAAGUAUUCUAAAACCGGAUAAAUCUUCAAAAUCCUAAUUCACCCCCCCCCCCCUCUUAGGCGCACUCUUAAA